AAUUUUCAGAAUAGGAAACCGGUAUGUAUAUAUACAGCAUAUUGGAAAAUUAGGUCUUUCUGAAGUUUAAGAAAAAAAAAACUCUUCCUUGCGUCUCUCUCUGUCUGCUCCCAUCAUUCUUCAGCUCUCGAUCUCAUAUUCCUAUAUUAGUUUUUUUUGUUUAUCCGCACAGUUACUUAAUCACAAGUCUCUAUGCAGUUGACAAACCUUCCGAGUGAUUUGAUAGAGAACAUACUCUCCAAGGUUCCGGAUACACCUUUGGCACGAUUCCGAACAACAUCAAAACGUUGGAACGUUAUGUUGAGUUCUGAGAGCUUUAUUAAGAAACAUUCUGCGAAUGCACCGAAGGGGGAGUCUCUGUGUAUCACGUUGAUUCACUCUAGGGUUCACUUAGUAAGGAUCAAUCUCCAUGAUCCAUCUGUUAAGGUUGCAACUCAUCCAUUCUACCUUAAAGAUCCACUUUCCAGUUCUUCACAAGUCGAUAUACGUGAUGUUUUUCACUGCGACGGCUUAUUGCUAUGCACCACAAAAGACAAGAGACUCGUGGUUUGGGAUCCGUAUUCAGGUGAAACCAAGUGGAUAAAACCCAGAGACAGUGACAGAUACAAGAAGAGCGACUACUUUGCUCUUGGUUUCGACAAAAAAUCCUCAUGCAAGCAAUAUAAAAUCUUGAGGGUGGAUCGUCAAUAUACAAUACCAAUAAAAAAUUUCUACGAGGUCUACGACUUCACCUCUGAUUCCUGGAGAGUUCUUGGUACGGCUACUGAUUGGUAUAUACCAGAUUAUCGUCGUGGCAUAUCUAUGAAGGGAAAUACAUAUUGGCUUGCUAAGCGAAUGGUGAAGCCAGAGACUGAAUUCAUACUAAGUUUCGAUUUUUCAGAAGAGACGUUUCAGAGUCUGCCUCUUCCUCAUCCUUUUCUAGGACUUACAGCUUUAUCAGUGGUUAAAGAAGAGCAACUUUGUCUGUUAGGUUUUCAACUUUUUUUAAUGGGUGAGGAUGCAUGUUCAUCAGAACUACAAGUAUGGGAGACAACUAGUACUGGAUCAUGGAAUAAGUCUCUAGCAGUUGUAGGCCUUGAUGGAUAUAGAGAUAUGUUUAACGAUAUGAUUUCUAGAGGGAUAAGUUUCUUGGCAGACGAGCAGAAAAAGGUUGUAAUAUGUUUGAACCGCGAAAACAACUUAAAUAUUCUGCGAGAAAACAAACACAUAUUGCAUGAACAUCUUGGUGGCGGUUCUAAAUGCGUAUCAUCUCCCGCAGUUCUUAUGAAUUUUCCUCCGAGUUUGGCUCGAAUUCAACAAGGCACAUUUCUUAAGGGACGCAAAAGGAAAGCGGAAAGCAUGUGACUUGUAAUUCAUGCGUUAUUUAUCUGAUAAUCCCAGUUUCUUGUUUUCUUGUUUUCUAUUAGCUACUUUUUAUACAUUUUUCCUGGUUUUUGCCUAGGGGUUUUACAGCCUUUUUUUUGUUUGCUACCUUUUUAAACUUGGUCUAUGUUGUUUGGUAUUUCUAAUGACUUGUCAAAUUUACUAGUUCCAUAUAUAUAUAUAUAUAUCUACAACCAUCUUUCUG